AUGUCCCAACGCACUGGGGCUGCUGUGGCUCAGGAGCGUUCAGACCUGGUUGAGCUGAUGAAGUGCAACAAAAUGCUGAUUGCUGAUGUUCCCUCUCCGACAGAGAUUUUGAAGCACUUGAUGUGGGGAAGUCACAGGCCGUUAAGCAGCGACCAUAUUGAGUGUGUCCAGGCAAACUGCUGUUUUAAGAAGCAGGUGGAGUACAUGGUGCAGCAUGGGUCCAGUGCUGUGAAAACUGUGUUUCUGCAGAAAGGGAAGGAUUUACAUCUGGAUGUUAACAAAACUGUUGUUCUUGUAGAAGAUGAUGAAUUUAAAUGGACAAUCAAUAAUACUCGCAAUGUAGUGAGAUUAUUUCCUGAUAACACAACAAGAAUACAUGACAGUUAUGCAGAAAGGGUUGAGUUUUCUGUACAAAAUCAUUCUUUGCUUUUGAAGAAUGUGCAACAAGGAGACAGUGGAGAUUACACUGCACAUAUAACUGGGGACAAAAACCAACCUCUAGCUGAAUUCAAGGUCAUAAUUCAAGAUCUAGUGUCUCCAGUUCAGCUGUCAGUGAACUCUGUGUCUAACAGCAGAGAGUCCUGUAGCCUCACUGUGACCUGCAGUACAGAGGACUCUCUCAUCAGCAGCACUUUUAGAUGUGACAACCAAACCUGCAAUCAGGAGGGAGGAGAGCAGUCAGAGGUCACAACCUCUGGUUCUUCUCUCCAUGUCUACCUGUUCAACGACUUCAUCAUCUGUAACCAUGGCAACCAGAUCAGCAGGACCGGAGACAUUAAGCAGAUUCAGCCUUUCUGCUCUCCAACUGCUGGUGUCUCUCUGUGCCUGGUGAAGACAGUCGUGUUCUCUGUUGGUCUGAUCAUCAUGGUGUCUGUCGUCAUCAGUGUCCACCUGAUGGAGAGGCUCAAGAAGUAAAAGUGAAGAGACAACUCUACAC